AUGACAACCCCAACAAACACCGGACUCACAGUCCCCCUCAUAAUAAACGGCCGCGAAGAAACAACCCCAAAUACCUUCCCAGUAACAAGCCCCUACACCAACACAACCAUCUGGACCGCCUCCGCCGCAACACCCCAAGAUGCAACCCGCGCCGUCGAAGCCGCCGACGCCGCCUUCCCCUCAUGGUCGCAGACAAAACCAACCGUGAGACGCGACAUCCUGCUCAAAGCCGCCGAUAUCCUCGAGGCCCGCCUCGACACCAAUGCCGAGUACAUGCGCCAGGAAAUGGGCGCGGACGUCGGCGCCUCAGCGGGCUUCGUGGUCCCGCUUGCUGUGCGCAUGUUGCGCGAGGUUGCGAGCCGCAUUACAUCGAUAUGCGGCAGUGUUCCUGUCGUUGAGACGGAGGGGCAGAGUGCGAUUGUCUUUAAGGAGGCGAUGGGUGUUAUUCUGGGGAUUGUGCCGUGGAACGCUCCCUACGUCUUCGGCAUCCGCUCCGCGGCCUGUGCCCUCGCAGCUGGAAACACAACAGUCCUCAAAUCUUCCGAACUAACUCCCCGUUGCUACUGGGCCAUCGGCCGCGCCUUUGAAGAUGCCGGCCUCCCAGCCGGCUGUUUGAAUAUCAUCCACUGCGCCCCGCAAGAUGCCCCCGAGGUCGUGAAUGCCAUGAUCGAACACGACGCCGUGCGUAAGAUCAAUUUCACCGGUAGCACAGCUGUUGGUCGGAAGAUCGCGCGCGCCUGCGGUCAGAACCUCAAGCCUUGCCUUAUGGAGCUGGGCGGGAAGAAUAGCUCGAUUGUCUGCCAGGAUGCUGAUUUGCAGACUGCCGUGCAGGGAGUGUUGGCGGGUGCGUUUUUGAAUUCCGGCCAGAUCUGCAUGGCAACAGACCGAAUCCUCGUCCACACCUCCAUCCUCCCAGCCUUCACAGAAGCCCUACAAAAGGCCCUCGCGGCCGGCGCCGCAGCCUCAGCCCUCCCCCCAACGCUAGUCAACACAGCUUCCAAGACCCGCGUCGAAGCCCUCAUCGCCAGCGCCGUUUCAGCAGGUGCACACUUCAUCUCCGGGUCUGCGGACAGUGUCCCCACUGACUCGGGGGUGCGGAUGGCACCCGCCGUCCUAGGCGGCGUGAAGGAAGACAUGGCGCUGUGGCAGGAGGAGUCCUUCGCGUCCGUUGCGGCGUGUAUGCCCUUCGACAGCGAGGACGAGGCGAUCCGUCUCGCGAAUGGGAGUGGGUAUGGACUUUCGGCAUCUGUUUUCACGGAAGAUCUGCGGAGGGGCCUGGCGAUGGCUAGGCGCAUUCAAUCUGGGGCGGUUCAUAUUAAUAGCAUGACGAUCCAUGAUGAGCCGGCUCUUCCUCAUGGCGGUGUGAAGAAUAGUGGCUGGGGCCGGUUUAAUACUGAUGAGGGGUUGAAUGAGUUUUUGGUUACGAAGAGUGUGACCUGGAUGGAUUAG